AAACGUUGAUUGUUUACCGUUUGUGGCACGCGCAGUGAACCGUAGUUCGUACCGAGCAAAUCGUGCGUGGAGAGAAAACUUACGCGUAAGGAAAAUACUUUCACACACAAAUGGAUUUCCUAUCGAAUCUCAUUAAGCGACCAAACAGCAUUUCGCUGCCUGAGCCAAAUCUGGUGGCCGAGGCCGACGCGAAGAAUCCGGAGAGGGAGGUCGAUCCCGACUCCAGCUCGAGUUCCUCAAAAACUGUGAUCAGCUCUAGGAACUUGUCACCCAGUCCUAACUCACUUAUUACGUUAGCCAUGAAUCGUUGCUCCAUCGACACGGAUCUGGAGAAUCUGUUCGAUUCGGCUGCCCAGGAGUUGAAUAGCCUUGAACAGCAGCACAAUAACCUAAUUGAGCAUGAGGACGCGGUGCCUGUGUUAUGUCCAGAGCCCAGUGACAACCCAAGCUGUGCAAGAGAAACCAUCAAACAGCUACUCAACGAGAUUAAUUUCAAUCUGGAUCAAGUAACCGCACGUGAAAUGGAACAUUUACAGGCUAUGAGCCUAGAGUUGAGUCCGCUGGCUGUGAAGCCGUCUACGACAAGGCACAGCUUGGAACAGCAGAAGGCUCUAGUGGCGGCGAUGCGAUCCACACCCCAGCCGGAUACGCCAAAUAGGGGUCUACCCGAGUUCGAUGAGACGCAGAUUCCUGAGCUGGCGUCUCUCAGCGCCGAAAUGGAAGCUGAAUUAAAGACGGAUGUAUGUGCGCCCACGCUCAGCUCCACGUCGGCUAAGUUGGGCGAACACGAUUACAAUUCCGAUUCGGAUGUCUAUGCCGAGUGCCUCUCACUGAAUAGUGUCAAGAUCCUGGCGGAUCAGUCAGAGCUGGAAGCUUACUCUAGCGCUUUAAAUGAGGUGCUGGAACAGCAGUUGUCCAAUGCGACGGCCACAACGCUGGACAAUACGCUUAGCGAGGCGAGUACUGCUCUUAAUGAUAGCUGCGAACCCAUGGAUGUGGAUGAAAUUAAUGAAACAAUGGAAAUGUUAAAGGAUGUACUGGCACCUGAGGAUCAUCAGCUGCUGCAGCAGCAGUUCCUAGAAGGCGCAAUACAGCAAAUACAAAAUCAACAGCUACAUCAAAUGGCAAAGCAACAAGAGCAGCACGAAGUGGACAAUCUACAGCAGCCAAAACAGGAGCAAACUAUGCAGCUGGAGGAGUCUGUGCCCCAACUAGAUCCCAUUUCAGUUACCCCGCCUUUAUCCGUACAGCCCAUCCACCAAAUUGUGGAACAGUCUGUGCAAACAGCUUCAGAUCCAGACACUCAAAACUUGUCCAAAAUAGAAAAUAAACCUACACAGAAUAAUCAAUCGGAAUCAAUAGAGCAAUCAGCUCCUGCGGCUCCAUUGCCCGCAGUACAAACACCCCCUAAAGCUGUCUCACCAGUCACUUCUGCAAUACCACAAAUUGAGAACCAAUUGCUGGAAGAGUCCGAACCAGAAUCGGCUUCAGUUCCAAAAUCCCAUAUAAUACAAAACACACCAGUGCUGCCAUUAUCGCCGCCCAUACCCACGCAUCGCACAAAGACAGCUGAAGAGUUGGAGGAGCUGAUGGCCUUGCAGGCAUAUGCACAACCAGAUCAUGCAGAUACUAUAGAUAUAGAGGAUGAUUUGCAAUCAACCAAGGCCAUACCCAUUGCCGCUAUUGUGCCCAAACCAAAGUUAUUCCCGACGCUUGAAGUGAAUAUAAGCGACUCAUCGCAAGGACCGUGCUCAGCGCCUACAUCACCCUCGUUCCCAAUUAAAUCGCCCGAAGAGUCCCCAAAACACUUUCCACGUUCGCCGCGUGCACCGGCCGAGCCAGAAGAGAUGCAGUAUCUGGAGCGUGCGAUCAUUGAGCCAUCCGUUGAUCAACAGCAAUGCCUAAGCGGUGUUAUAGCCAAAUUGCCACUACCCAUACACUUGACUGUAACGGCGCCCAGCCCAGAGAAACCGCAGCAGGAACAACAGCUAAACACUACUAUGCCUUUAAGCGGAGGGUCUCCACUUAAUGGCACCUUUGAUAAUGUCAGUUCGGAAUUACCUGAGGAAGCUGUUGAAAGUUCAUCUCGUCGCACGUUCGGCGUACCACUCGAUACAAGCGUGGAACGGCAGCGACGAACUUUCUCAGUGAUAACAGAUCACCCAGACGAGCACGAGCAGGAGAAACCUAAUCGGCACAGUGAUUCCGAGGCAUUUCACAUCAACCAAGAGGAUAACCACUUAAAUGCCACUUAUGGCAUGCCGUUGCACGCAGCCCCGGCAGAGCAGCAACGCACCUACUCCGUGCAAGAUACACAGAAAACGGAGCAGCCAAGCAUGCGGAAGACAUUUAACAUACAACAGGAUGCUUCGCCCGCAAUGGAGGCCACUGAGGAGAACAUCAUGGGUAACGAAUUUGAGGCCAUGGAUAUAGAUAUGUCGCUGCGCGUGGAUACUAAUUUAGAGCAACCUACGCAAUGCAAUGAUUUUGUCGCACAGCUGGCUGAAGCUCAAGCUGUGGCACUGCCGCCGUCGCCGUCGCCGACAUUGCCCGUACAACAACAUGUCCAACAGCAACAGCAGCUGGAACUAGAACAUCGUUCCUCUCCUCCGCUACCCGCCCAGCUCAAGCGUCCGUCCAUCCACUCAGAUAUGCCAGCCAAUACAACUGUUGUGGUCGAGGAGCAGAAGCUGUCUGUGAAGGAGCUGCUCAGCGCAGGCAAUGAGAAGGAUGAUGUCUAUGUAGAGCACUUUGGGGCCAUGUCACCUAUUUCUGAUGAGCUCUUUAAGCAGCCACAAUGCAUCAGCACUUUCACCAAGGGCAGCAGGAAAUCGUCUGUCCCAGCCAGCGUACCCGAAGAGGAACAAUUCCAUGAUGCAGAGUUCCAAGAUGGAGCCAGCAACAAUAACAUUAUACUGAAUUCAUCUGAUUUCGAUUAUUUGUACACAAAAGGCAGCAACAAUGCGCCCGUCGAUCGGAGCUCGUUGCUUUUGAAAUUUGAUCCGUUGCUGGGUGCUCCGGUGCCAGUGAAUCAGUUGCCGCAACAAGAGCAAUCACUGCUCAACAUACUCAGCAACAACAACAAUAAUAUAAUACGUGCAUUAAGUCCCACAUUAGAGGAGCACGAGACAAGCGGCAGCAAUCACUCAUUUGCUAGCGAAUCAAGUGCCAAAUCAGCCGCUGGACCUCAAAAGGAGUUUAAACCGCCAGUGGAUAGAUCAAAAGUGAGCUGCAAACAUGCUAAAAUGAGUGUGGACGUUAUCGAUAACGAUUGCAACAAAACCUUCGAAAAUUCAAGCUUGAACUCGGAGGAAAAAGCACACAAGUACCACGAUAUGGAUGAACUGGAGAAGAAAAUCAAAAAUGAAGUCACCCGCUCCGAGGACAUUGAAAAGAAACUCAAAGAGGCCGAACAGCGCGAAGAGGCGCUGGUCAAACGGAUUACAGAGAAGGAUAAAACAAACGCAAAACUCAACGGCGUCAUUGAGGCUUACGAGAAAGCAAUUGCAGAACUUAUACAUGACAAAGAGCAAUUGGUCCAAAACCAUGAAAGGCAAAUGCAGGAAGUGCAAGCAGAUCGCGAUGCCAAUUAUCAUCACCUAACGUCGCUGGAAACGACAUUCUCUGAUCUCCAUGUUAAAUACGAAAAGAGCAAGGAGAUGACCGCACACCUGAAGCAGAUCGAGGAGAAUCUGCUGGAGGAGAAGAAAAAGUCAAUGGAUAAAUUGCGACAGCAGGAACAGCGAUAUGAGCAAAUGAAAAGCCAUGCCAUGCAGCAAAUGGAAAUUGCCAACAAAAAGUUGGCUAUCCUUACAAAAGAGCACACAGAUGAAAUGAAAAAAUUGAAAGCCUUACUUAAAAAGGAGGAAGUUUCGCGUAUCUCGACGGCAGAGCAGUUGCAGCAAAAAUCAAGGGAGAACGCGGAUCUACUUAAGAUAUGCGAGGAGCUUAUCUAUGAUAAGGGACAAGGUGGUAGUAGUUAAACUUCACCCGAGUGGAUUAAUUUGCGGCCUGAAUGUAUUUUCUAUAUAUAUUUUACGCUGUAAACGCGCACACAUACAUACUCACAUACACAUACACACACACAUAUACACACAUUUUUUAUGGCAUGUGGAACGCAUGUUUGUCGCAUGUUCAUUCACUCAUUCGCGUACUAUCUCAUUACAUUUUGUAAUUUUUGUUGUGUGCUCUCGUGAAUUGAUUGAGAACCUCAUAUUAAAUCUCAAUUCUUAA